GCUUCCUUUUUUCAUCAAGAACCAAACUUUAAACACUUGAAGAAAACAAACCAACCAACAAACAACAACACCCCAUCUUUCUUUUCUCUGUUGCUUCUGUUCUACUGUUACCCCCCCCCCCCCCCGCACCCCCCACCCAUAAUGGACUUCAACAUGAAGCAAUGGAGAAAUGAACAGAAAAAUGAGUCAUCAUCAGAAGAAGUAAAAAACACUGCAAAGUUACCAAGACUUGUUCUUGAUCUUGACUCUUCUUAUUUUUCUUCUUGUUAUCCACAUUCUUCUUCUGCUACUACUGGUUUUUCUGUUUCUUGUUCUGAUAAUACUGAUACUUCUGUUCUUCCAUUGUUUGUAUCUGAACCACCUACCAACAAUAAGUUGUCAGCAUUUACUCUUUCUCCAGAUUCAACAGUACUCACUGCCACCAAACUUCCCAGGAUGGAAAGUAGUUACUUCAGUUUGGCUCAGUGGCAAGAACUUGAACUACAGGCUUUGGUAUACAAACAUAUGUUAGCUGGUGCUCCUGUUCCUAAUGAACUUCUUCAUCUUAUCAAAAAAAGUCUCAUCAAUUCAUCUCCUUAUUAUAAUUUGCCUCAACAAUAUCAUCAUUAUCAACAAGCUUUGUUACAAUCAGGUUAUUGGGGAAGAACAAAUAUGGAUCCAGAGCCAGGGAGGUGUAGGAGAACUGAUGGAAAGAAAUGGAGAUGUUCAAGAGAUGUAGUGAGUGGUCAUAAGUACUGCGAACGUCACGUCCAUCGCGGCAGGAACCGUUCAAGAAAGCCUGUGGAAACCACCACAACCGCUGCCCCUCGUGUUGGCAAUGCAGCCGCCAGCAACAGGGGCAGCGGUGAAGCCCUUAGAGUCAACCCCGCCAUGGUUAACCAGGGCGGGGUUGCUCCUCAGUUUACCCUAUCUGGACAUGCAGCUUCUACUGAUCUUCUUCACCUCAAUCAAAGGCCAAUGGAAGGCCAAAAUGAUGGUGGAUCCAAUGGCCAAAUCCUUCUUCAUUUCUUUGAUGAUUGGCCUAGACAACAACUUGAAGAAAAUGACAAUGCUGGUUCAAUGGCAUCUGCCACCAGCCUCUCGAUUUCGAUACCCGGUAAUCCCUCGUCUGACGUAUCGUUGAAGCUCUCAACAGGAGACAGAUAUAACUCUGAUGUUCGAGUCAGUAAUGUUGAACGUUCCACAUGGGGAACGAACCAUGUUGCAUCGAUGGGUGGUGGACCACUAGCCGAGGCCUUAAGGUCAUCGAUGUCCAACUCAUCACCAACGAGCGUGUUGCAUCACUUGACACGUGGCAACACGUCGGAUGCUAGUUGUGUUAGCACUUGAUUGAACAAGUGGACUCUUGAUUUGGCUUUGUGACUCCUAUGUAACUUCUUUUUGGUUUGUAUCUUUUGCAAUUGUGGUGUUUGUAUUAUUUUGGUUAAGUGGGGUCCUAUCGAUCGAACGAGGAUCAUAGUUUGUGUUUCGAUUAUCACACUCUUCAGUUGUUAUUCUUUCUUGUCUCUUUCUUGAGACUUUGCACUGUUUCCGUUGUUAGUUACGCCCUCCGUUUCAAAAAGAAUGACCUAAUAAUAGGAAAUGACGACUUGCACGCA